AUGGCCGAACGCGCGGCCUACGACCGGGCGGCCUACGACCGCGCGGGCUAUGACCGGGCUGCUGCUGCGUCUGCGGCUGCUGCCGGGCCCCCGGGCUACGACCGGGCGGGCUACGGCGCGACGCCGGCGCGCCUGUACGACACGUACUUUCAGAACACGCGCGGGAUGGAGGGCUACGGCAUGGGCGGCGCGAUGCCGCCCGCCGCCCUGGGCGACCUCGGGCUCGGCUACUACUCGGACCUCGUGCACGGGCCCGGAGCCGGGCACCUCCAGCCCAUGUGCGUCAGCGGGGGCGGCUUGUGCAAGCCGAACCCCUACAUGACAGCGUGCGGGGGCGCGAGGUAG